UGUCUCCUCACACCCUGAUGCGGAACAGCGGAAGCGCUUUAUACGAACUUGUUGACACGCUGCUGUAAACUUAUGAAAACCUGUUCAGAGUGACGGACUUUACCUGAUGAAUGGACUUCAUUGCUGUAUACGUGAAGUACCAGUGGUUUAUUUGACUAAACGGACUUUUCUGGCCGAUACUCUGGGCUACAGCUCAUGAAUGGGAAUUGAAACGGGACUAAAAUAAGCCGACGACAUUCCUUUAGCUCCAUCCAGCAGCAGCAGCUAAGCUAUGACAUUAAUGAUGGACAAAGAUGCAGCUGUUCUUCAGGGAGCUUUCCUCUCAGCUAACAAGCUGUGUCUCCCCUCAUCCCUGUCCUCCCUUCAGAAAGCUGACUGGAGCAGGGUAGGACGUUCAGUCGUGGAGACAGUCAUAGAAAUCUGUGGACUGGAUGAACUCAGGGUUUAUCCCAACACAGUGGCUGGCUGCUGGAAAAAGAGGAUAGUCUGUGUAGUGUGGUUGAAGUUGUUGUGCGGGCAAGCUGAGGAGGAUGUAGAGACAGCAUGGAGGGAGAACCCCUUCUUCCCUCUCCAGAACGGCCUCCCUGAGGUCAGCCAUGUUGUCCUGCUGGAGCUGGUGAAGUCACUGGCAGCUGCAGAUAUUUUUGCCCAUUUCCUCCUGUGUCUUCCUCAGGCUCAGGUCUGCGUUGAGCUUGAAAGGCUGACACAACAUGUGAAAAGCAGCCCAACUGGAGAGGAUGAUGUCCGACUUUUUCUGGAGGUGUGGUGGGAGCUGUGGAAGGGCAAAAAUGACCAGAGAGCAGGACGAGAGGAAGGCAUAGAGGCAAUGUUUGCCAACCAGUUUGCUCAUUUGUCCUCUAAGUCCUGCAGUCUGUCCCCUCAGGCUGCCAAGAGGUUAAAGCUAGACACAUCAGCUAAACUAGCAUCAUCACCAACCACUGAUGUCCUCCACAUUCUCCUCCAUGCACUUAAAGACAUUAAAGAUCACAUAUCCACAACAGAUCUCUGCCUCCAGGCUCUCUCCAUUUCCCUUGAUUCUCUGUACACAGCCUUUCUAAUAGACCAAGAAGUCAUCCUCCCAACUAAAGAGAAGAUGCACAUGUUGUCUAAAGCUGUGAGCAUCAGAGAAAAGAAUGAUGAGAAACUGAGCCCUGAACUUAUUCAGGAGGCUUUGAGAGACUUGCAUGCUUCCCACACACCAUCUCACUUUAAGCCCAGCACUAUGAGGCUUGGGGAAGCCUUGAAGAUUAUAACAGACCUCACACAGUUUUGGCUUAACAGUCAGCUCCUGAAAGUGUGUGACAGCACUAAUUUUAGUUACUCUGCAUUUAAACUAGAACAAAGUGUUCAGAGAGUCCUGACAGCCAUAGAGAAAGCAGACGUGCCUGAAGCCAUAACUGAAAUGAAUGCUCAAGAGACUGAGAAGAAUAUACUCAGAGGUUUGCUGAAGUCCCUGGCUCUCCCUGCCAUAGAGACGACUCCCAAGGUGGACGCAGAGGUCACUAUGACCAUCAUAAAUCACCACUUAGAAGACCAUCAGAACUUUGCUGUGUUAUUUGCCAGUGAAAAGAGCUGGGCCUCCUGUGAUGAGCAGUGGCUGGACUGCCUGGAAAAGAACCAAGCAGCCUUCCAGCAGCACAAUACUCUGGUCAACCUGGCCUCCAUCCUCAUGAGCAAACUCCACAGUGAGAGCUCAAACGUGAGCCACUGCAGGAAGCUGAUGAAAGUCAUUGCAGACAUUUUCUCAGCGCUUUCGUUAGAAGACAAGAACAAAUCCUUGGCUGCCAUGUUGAAAUUGUCCACCAGGGGGUUCUUUGGGCAUUCUGUUCCCCCUGCUGUAGCUGAUGGGUUUGAACAGGAGCUCAACAUGGCAUUCAACUGCAUCAUCCAAGGAGGGGGCGGGGCAUCAGCAGCAGAGUCGCAGGGCAAUCUGAACACAGCGGCCUCUUUGGUAGCAAGAGUGGCCUUUCAGAACCCAGUGGCGGCUUUGACGUCAUGCUGUCAUUCAGCUAUUUUCAACAAGGGGGCUUUCACUCUUAUGGCUAAGAUCCUUCAGCAGCUGCCCGGACUCAGAGGACAGAGGGAAAGAAAUGAUAAAACUGAAUGUAAUGGAGAAGAAAGAAAAGAGGCAGAGGAAAAUACAGAUGAAGGAAAGGAUCCUCUGCGUGGUAGCAGCCUACUCAGCAGGUGUCUGCAGGACAUAAUCAAGACCAAAUCGUUGUUGGCCAGUGAAAAAGAGCAGCUGGUCAAGUUUCUGGGUCGGCUGAUGAUGCCAGUUAUGGCAGUUGAUGGAGAAGAAAGGAGGCAGUGCUUUCUGUCACCUCAGGAGGUCGUCAACAUCUUCGUCCUGCCAAACCUUUCCACUAUGGGUCACAGUUCCUGCGAUAUAGAACUGAGUCUUCAACUUCUCCACACUGCUUUGUGUGUGGACGUCCAGGAUCCAGCCUCUUCUCCACACUGGGUGUUGGACUGCUCUCCCUUUCCCCUGCUUUACAUCCUCGCCCAGCUGCACAACCAGGCUCUCAGGUUUUGGGAGCAGCCAUCAGAGGGCGCUGUCCACCAUUGGUCCAUGGACACCAAGGAGCUGCUGGUGUCUGUGUUAACCACACUGGGGCAGGUGAUUGGUGCAGAGGUGGCGGUGACCCCCAACAGCUGGUCCAGAGCUCUUUUCUGGCUCUACAACAAGAUGGAGGAGCUGGACUGGACAGUUAGGUUCCACCUGAAGCCUGUGUGGAGGGAACACUUUAAAAAUGAAGUUCCCUCGUCUCUGCUGACAGUGUGUGAGUUACCUGAGCAGGAGUGGUCUGCUUUGGACCUGCCUCAGUACAGCCAGGGCAGUGGCCUUUUGGCCUGGAUGGAGUGCUGCUCUAUAUCGGACUCCCUGCGGUCCACCAUGUUGUCCUGUCUCUUGCUGGACCAGCGCCAGCCUGACCACGUCAACAUGUUCAGCAAAGGCCUGCUGGUGGCUCUGACCCAGACUCUGCCCUGGUGCUCCGUCUCCCAGUGGUCCAGGCUGCUGGGAGCCCUGAGGGAGCUGAUCACCUCCGGUCGACUCCACGUCCCCUUCUCACUUGAGUACGUGGAUUAUCUGCCCCUCCUGGAUCUGAGGAGGUUUUCAUGUGAGCUCCGCCUGUCAGUCCUCCUGCUUCGAGUCCUUCAGCUGCUCUGUGGGUCCAGCUGCUCGCACUGGCUGUUAGCAGAUGGCUGGGCGCAUGUUGGCAGGUUAUAUGCCCAUGCUGUGAGGGAGAUGAUGAACUCAGUAAGAGCCAAGCUACCUCUUCCCUCAUCUGGUGCUUGGACUGUUUCUGCUUCACCUCCUCCUCCUAAAACACCAGCAUCUAGAGACUCAAAUCCUGAAACCAAAGCUGCUAAAUUGUCCAGAGACUCUCUGAAAGAAGCAGAAGGCCCUCCUCUGAAAUCAGAAGAGUCACAAAUGGAAGAGCAGGUGGAGACAGAUCUCAGCCAGGAAGUCCUGUUUGUUCUCAGCCAGCUCUUCUGCCAUGUUCAGCACAUCCAGGUGAUGAUGCCAGGAGGCCAGUGUGAACCGCUGUUCCUGGCCAGUUUGGAGAUCCUCAGCCACUACGAAGCCAUCAUGACUGGCUUUCCAGACAGCAGCACUCCGCUGGAGAGCGACAACACCCGACACUUCUUCUCCACCAUCACAGACAACCUGGAGAACCAGGAGAUGAAGGCUGUACUGCAGCAGAAGAUCGCUCAGCUUGUGUCGUCAAGCUGAUUUUUCACAUGUAUUCCACUGAGGAAUUAAAGUUCAAGUACUCCAAAUUCUGUUUGUAGAUUUCAAACAUGUUUGCUGAUAAAGCAAAGACGUAAUGUCAGUUGUCAGUGUGGUACACUGUAUUUAGUUAAUCCAUGGAGUUAUUGUAAAAUGAGGAGUUGGGAAUCUGAGUGAAUAAAAAGCCUAAAUUUCA